CAGUCUCUAGAGGCAGUCUGGGACGGCCAAGGCGUGGUUCGGAGCAUUAAUCGACGCCAGAGAGCAAGCGGUCGCACGUUGCUGCAUUUGGAUCCGACAAUGAGGAUAGCAAUUGUCAGUGCCUUUGAUAUAGGUCGCCUCACACGCAUGACUCGUCUAAGUGUGUGUCCACAAGCCCUUUCAGUUUACCUUUUACGACCAUCAAGAAUACCCAUCAGAAUAGGCGCAACUGGAUUAAGUGAAGAACUGAGGCUUGAAAAAGGUAUCGGCAUCUCUUUUAAUGGUUUUAUUCAAAUCGUGGAACAGAUAGGGGACGAAGAUGAUCUACCGUUCUCAAUAUUAGAUUCAGGGCAGUUUUUAGAAAUAAGGGCAUUGAGACUGGCUACUGACUCAUCCGAUGAAGACCUCAGAAACUAUUAUUCAAGCCUUCAACUUUGA